AUGACUUGGAUGAGGGCAUUGAGUGCACCCUCAGCGGAGCUGUGGGCGGACGGCGGGACGGAGCCGGGAGGGGAGCGGGAGCGCUGCGCGGAGCUGAGGGCCGCCCGCGAGGAACGGAGGAGGCGGGUCGCCGAGCGAUUGCUGCACCAGCACUGGAAGCAGAACUGCGCUGAGCUGCGGGAGGUGGAGUCAGAGCUGCACAAGAAAAACGUGGUGGAGUCCUGGGGUGAGCAGCUGAAGCAAAAGCAGCAGCAAGGAGCAGCGGAACGAGAAGAGAGAAAGCUUUAUGAAAAUGAGUAUGAAAUUGCACGAAAGGAAGCUCUGGAAAGAAUAAGGCAAGAGGAAGAGAAACGUCGGCUGGAAAACAAGAAGCAAGCAGAGAUGUUGCUUCAACAGAUAGAAGAACUGAAAUUACGGGAGGCAGAGGCAACAAAGCUGAAGAAAGAACAAGAAAAUUUAUUAAAGCAGCAGUGGGAGCUGGAAAGCUUAGAAGAAGAAAGAAAACAAAUGGAAGAGCAACGGAAGAAGACUGAGCUUGGUCGCUUUUUGAGGCAUCAGUGUGAUGCCCAGUUAAAGAGACGAGCCCAGCAGGUACAGGAGGAGCUGGAAACAGACAGACAAAUCUUAUUAGCCCUCCUCGAGAAAGAAGAAGAGGAUCAGCGCCGCCAGUCUGAAAGACGAGAGCGAGCUGUUGCAGAUGCUGCCUGGAUGAGACGUGUCAUUGAGGAACAGCUCCAGUUAGAAAAACAGAGGGAGGCAGAGCUACAGAUCAUUUUUAGAGAAGAAGCUAGAAAAGUGUGGGAGAAGAGGGAAGAACAAUGGGAAAGAGAGAAGAUGGCCAGAGAUCGCCUGAUGAAUGAGGUCCUUGCAGGCAGGCAGCGCCAGAUCCAGGAGAAGAUGGAGUUAAACAGACAGGCCCAAGAAGAGUCUAUAAAGCACCGAGAACAACUGAUUAAAGAACUUGAGGAGGCAAAAGAACUGACAAGGCGAGAGAAAGAGCAAGAGAAGGAACUGAAGACAGCUCGCAGACAGGAAUUGGAAGCUCAGCUGACGGAACGGCGCUUACAAGAACAAGAGGAGCAGGAACGCCAGAGACAGGAGGAGGAGGAGGAGAAAUCAAACAAGCAGCGCUGUGCAGAGCUGGUGCAGCAGGAAGCCAGGAGCAUGGCUGAGCAGGGCUACUGCAGCAGGUAGCAGUGCAGCAAGGAAGUCCUAAUGCUCAGGUGCAUCAGGAAGGAUGACAGCCUCAGGUGUGAAACUAAAUGUUAUCAGUUGUUAAAGUUCUUGCUGCAGUGCAUCUCUGCUGUUCAAUCUUUUCCUCUUCUGUUGUGCUAAAAAUGAAUCUGAGUUUGAGUUUCUCUCUGCUUAACCACAUACCCAGAAGACCAUGUUUCUCAUACUAAACUAGGAACAGGCAACUCGCCUCUUUGUCACUUAAUAGAUAGUAGCUAGAAGAGCCAGAGAAAACUGGAAGGGGAUGUUACUGCACUAGAGCAUCAACUAAAAGUGACUUAUUUUUCAUGCUAGAUAUUCUGUAUUCACUACUGUGUCUUCUUUGCCUGCUGGAUAGCAUGUGUGCAAGAUUAAUGAUAAAGCCCAUCAAGUAGCCAUGA